AUGGUCCUCCUCGACACUGAAUACGUCCGCGCUGUCGUCCAUAACGUCAGUCAUCGAGCCCGAAGGGGCGUGGCUUCGAAAGUGAGAGCUCUGAAAGCGGCUCACUCUCAAGCGCGCCUUCGCUCGUAUUCCCACACGUGCGAGCGUGCUGCUUACAUAGAUGGGCGGUGUGAGUUCUAUCCGAGUCUAUCGAUUCCGACGUGGACGUCUUCUGGAUCUGGAGCAGAGAAUGAUGGUUUUGCGGAUUCCUCCGUUCAAGGAGCAGUAAAUGCUCCUGGAACAUUCUCUCGGCUCAAUUCUGAAUCUGAAAAGGAUGAGUCUGCGAAAGUAGAGCUCCGUCGUCUGAUGUCAUCGUCCUCCAGACCGGAAACAGCUUCUGAAUCAGAACUCAGACGGCUGGUGAUGUUCCAUGAAUUCCGUAAUGCCGGGGUAGAUGUGAACACGACACAAGUCGGCUAUGGAUAUGGUAUUGAUGCUAGAAUUGAGCCGAUUCGAUUUCCAGACAGAAUUCCAGAACAACUGGUCGGAGAGAGACGGAAUAGUUGUCCGUCAUUCGGCACCCAACUCUACAACGAACCAAUCUAUGAGGGAGACGAGGAUCCACUGGGUCUUGGUAUCGCUCCGGCCCCGCCCACAGCACCUGAUACAGUAAUCACGAGUAAUGGUCUCGAUGGGAUUGAUCUACUGUGGAAAGGAGUGCCGGCACCCAUUCAUAACAUACAUGCAAACGGAGAUUUCGUGUCGAAUUGGCCUCAGAAGCCACCAGCCCCUUUGGGACCGUUGGAUAAGCUACAGAAGCAGUUUGAAGACAUAAAACUGAUCAGCACCUCAUCGGGCGAAUCCACGCCAACGACCGCUCGUUCGAAAGCAGACGAAUGGCUAGAUGACGUGCUGCGAGUCUCAAUGAGUAUGUCACCGACGUCACCACAGUCAUCUGGAACUACCGUAUCGACUCCGCCCACUUCCUCGUACUCGACACUCCCGAAAUCUGGCCCGCCCCCUGCUCACGCCCCGCCUCCAUUGCCUGUAAGACAAGCGGUGUCGAAUGGAAGUCCGUCGAUUUAUCAACAACAGAAUAGUGCUCGAAACUCGCCGGCUGGAAUCAACUGGAAUUCCUCACCGAAUCCGAUUCAAAUGUCACAAAUUCCUGCGAAACCGGUCGACCCGUUCGAUGUACAAUGGAGCAGAUUAGCUGUGAACAAUACUAAUUAA